AUGGCACUCUCGGCGCCCACUGGUGUUCACGAGACGUACGCUUUGAGCGUGGUUAUUGCUGUUGUUUCGGUCUUGUCGGCUGUGGGUGCUGGAUGGAUUAUUCUGAGCUUUCUUCUGUUUGAAGGACAGAGGACGUUUAGACAUCAGCUCAUUCUGGGUCUGGCAUUGAGUGAUCUAUGGAUGGCCCUGAAUUUUUUGACCUCCGCGUCGAUUAAUGUCCACGGAACGAGCAUUGGCGAUGCGUCUAUGAAAGGAUUCUGCACUUUCAACGGAUUUAUGAUACAGACCUUCGUAGUUCAAAGUAACCUCUCCCAUUCCAAAUACCAAAGACAGACUAACUCAGUCCUAGCUGAUUACUGGGUUCUCACAAUCGCGUUGUGCACAUAUUCAAUCCUCGCAAACCACAAACACUUCUCAAAUUGGAUACAAAGCCACAAACUCGUAAUAUGGGCGUUACCUUGGGCUUCAUCGAUACUCUGGGCAUCUAUCGGUCUUGGAGUUUGGGGAUAUGGUGAUAUCGGAGCUUGGUGCUGGUUCACAAGCGACCGCGUCCGUCUCCUCGUAAACUUCAUCCCUAGGUGGCUCAUAAUCUUCACCAUCCUCUUCCUCUACAUCCGUCUCUACUACAUAAUCCACGCCGCACACACGCGUUUCGAAACCUUCGACUCGGACAUCGUCGCCAGCACCUCCAACCCGCAUCUCUCCCUGCACAUCUCCGAGGGCACCGAGCCCGAUUGCGAAGCCGCGGCUCCCCCGCCGAGCACCUUCCAGGUGUCCCGCGAUACGAAGGCGUUGCGGCGGAUUAGUCUACAGAUGAUGGUGUAUCCGUUGGUGUACAUGCUCAUCUGGACGAUGCCGACGACAGUGCGGAUAUACCAGGCGACGUCGGGGAGGAGCGCGCCGUUCGUGGUUGGCACUAUUGAUAAGGCUUGUAUUGUGGUGCAGGGAUUAGCGGACGCGAUUAUUUAUGGGUUGAAUGAGCGGACUUGGAGGUUAUGGAGGGAUUUGCUGUUUCGACCCAGGAGUAAGGACUAA